CAAGCAAAGGUGGUGUUCUGAAAGCCAUUCAUGGGGCAGGUGCUGUCAUGACUAAUAUGGUCCUUGGCAGUGGUGGCAUUCCAAAUGGACCAACAUCUGUUCACGUCAGCGGUACAAGUAGUGCUGCUAGUAAAGCAUCAUCAGCAAUUCAAACACAGAAAGAAGAUGAGCUUGUCAUGGAAACAAAACUCAAAAUUAUUCAAAUACUACAGUUCAUUCUAAAUGUAAGAUUGGACUAUCGCAUCUCGUGUCUGUUGUCCAUCUUUAAAAGAGAAUUUGAUGAGAAUAAAGAAUCCCAAGGUGAAGGACCUGCAAUUGGACUGACAACCCCUGAUGCUAAUGGUAUUAAUCUUGAAAAGAUUGGAGACGAAGCAGAAGCUAUGUUUGGAGGAGCAACUGACCACGCUGACUUGGAUUUAGACGGACAAGGUGGUCGAACAUUUCUGCGUGUUUUACUACAUCUAACUAUGCAUGACUACCCCCCACUGGUAUCGGGAGCUCUUCAGCUGUUAUUCAGACACUUCAGUCAACGACAAGAAGUGCUCAAUGCUUUCAAACAAGUGCAAUUAUUGAUCUCAUCUAGUGAUGUUGAAAAUUACAAACAAAUAAAAACUGAUCUGGAUGACUUGAGGCUGUUGGUAGAAAAGUCUGAAUUAUGGGUUUUUAAAUGUAAAAGUGACAAAAAGAAAAAAGACAAAAAAGACAGCAAAGAUAAAGGAGGAAAAGAGAAGAAGAAACCCGGAAAGACGUUAUCAAGUUCAUCUGUAAGCAAUGGAUCGCCUAUAGACUUAGAUUUAGGACCAUCCAUGGAUAAUGCAUCUAAGAAGAACUACAAAGCAAUACAAGAGGUGCUGAUUCGUCUUAGUAAACUUUGUGUUUCUGAAAAUAUGAAUGGCAAGAAGAACCGAAAGCAUGAACAAAGACUUUUACGUAAUAUGGGGGCUCAUACAGUGGUGUUGGAGUUACUACAGAUACCAUAUGAAAAGAGUGAAGACAUCAGAAUGCAAGAGUUAAUGAGACUAGCACAUGCAUUUCUACAAAAUUUCUGCAUGGGAAAUCCAUCAAAUCAGGCUUUACUUCAUAAACAAAGUGAGCUUUUUCUCACACCUGGGUUACUGGAAGCACAGACGAUGCGUCACAUAUACAUGGACAAUGUGUCGUUAUGUAACGAAAUAAAUGAGAAAGUUGUACAACAUUUUGUGCAUUGUAUUGAGACACAUGGACGACAUGUGGAGUACUUAAAAUUUCUUCAGACAAUAGUGAAAGCUGAGGGGCAGUAUAUCAGAAAAACACAGGAUAUGGUCAUGGCUGAGGUUAAAAAUGCUUAUAUAAAUUUUUUGAACCACUGUUAUGUUGACACUGAAGUUGAAAUGAAAGAGAUAUAUACCAGUAAUCACAUGUGGACACUAUUUGAGAAUUUCCUUGUUGAUAUGGCUCUGGUGUGUAAUGCCACCCAUGAUAGGAAACAUGCUGACACAAUGCUAGAGAAAUAUGUCACAGAGACUGUAAUGAACAUCAUCACGAUGUAUUUCAACUCUCCCUUCUCAGACCAAAGUACUACUGUUACUACUCGUCAACCUGUCUUUGUUAAGCUAUUGCAAGGGGCUUUCCGUGUAUCCCAGUGCUCAUGGUUGUCAGGGCAACAGAAGUUUCAUGUUGAGACGUGUAUCAAGACUUUGACUGAUAUGG